AUGGCUACGAAAUUGACCUCCUGUCGCCCGCUUCUCUGUCAAGCCACAGGGCUCACCCCCUUGGUAUCCUGCCGCUACAACUCAGGCUUUGGAGGAAUCACCUUGAGCCCAGCGACAGACGCCAGGCUUCGAGGAAUCAGGCGGAGACAGGCUCGGAACGAAAAAUUCGAGGAAGAGAGAGCCCGGGAACAGAGAAUCAUCGACCUACAGAAGCAGCAGACUAGAAGCUGGCAAGCUGGCGAUGUAUACUCUCCGCGCGACCUGAGUCCGGCAGAGAUGAAGAAGUGGAGGAAGAGACAGAGCCCUUCAACUGAUAUCUUCGAUGCUCUGUCGCUGAACCCACUACACAUGUACAAGAAUUUCGCCGUGAUGUCCGAAUACGUGAGCGAGACGGGCCGCAUCAAGCCAGCGAGAGAAACAGGUCUACGACGGGUCAACCAGAGGAAACUGUCAAAAGCAAUCAGGAGAGCAGUGAGCAUGGGGCUGAUGCCCAGCGUCCACAGACACCCGGAGAUUCUCAUGCUGGAAAAGAAGUUGUGA